AUGCCUUGCGCCAGCAGGCUGGUGGACGCGAUGAACGUGCUGACGUACGGCUACCACGGCGGCUGGGAGUCCGUCACCGGGCUGAACGCGCCGCUUUUCACCUCGGCCGAGGACGAGCAGCACGGCAACAGCGACAAGAGUGUGGACGCCACCGUGCGCUAUUACAUCGAGCAGGGCGCGCCACCGAGUAAGCUCAUGACGACCGUGCCUUUCUUCGGUGUCAGUUUCCUGCUGAGAGAGAUUGGCUGCCGCGGCCUGCACGCGCCGGCAGGAGGCAUGAUGCCUUCGUGCGCCGUCACCAGAGAGCGCGGCGUCUGCGGCUUUGGAGAGGCGCGGUACAUCCGGCUGCACGGGCUGGCCGGCGCAGUGGCCUACUCUAUCGACUUGGAUGACUUCCAUGGAUUUUGCUCGCAACGAACGCGCAGCAACACCUUCACGCUGCUGACUGAGUUGUGGUACCAGCUGAACCGGCCGGUGAUUUCGACCACCGCAGACGUGUCAGCGGUGCCCAACCCGCGGUGA